AUGAAGUGCUUGAACUUUAUCGUGCUUUCGCUACUGCUGAUUUUGCCUCAAUUUUAUAGCCAUCGACAUCCGGGCUUUGCCCAACGCUUGCAGAUCAAGCCAGGCUGCUUGCAGGUGCCUCAGAUAUACACCGAGGCUCCAACUCCAACGCCCACCAUUAUCUUUUCCUCGUUGGAAGAAGUAGGGAUAGAGGACAUUAGGAGAGUAGAAGCAGAUUAA